AUGGUGUCCUUAAUUGAUAGUAAGACUGAAGACGGUCUCAGUGUAUACGGAAAGGCAGUCCUUAAUUUCGCUAAAAUAUCCAUUGACAAGCAAGAUUGUUUACCGAUUGCUAUGUGUAUAAAAUGUUUGCAAUUACUUAAACAAGCAAUAUUUUUUAAAUUCAUGUGUGAAUCGAAUGAUUCCUGCCUAAAUAAAUUAACAUCCUCUGGCGAUUAUAAACAAAAGAUAGUUGAGUACACAAUGUUAAGGUUUUAUUUCCCAAACGAAAAUUUAAAUACUAAAAAGCGUGUACGUAAAAAAGAACAACAACUGCAAAAUCCAUCAGAAGAGGCAAGAAAUGAAAUUACUCUUACUUGCAACAAAGACAGAAAUGAUUUGAAAUCUGAUCAAGACUGUCUCCAUAGUGCUCAAAAUGAAAGUGAUUGUAUAGAGAAUGUGUUAAACAAAAUGGAAAAUCUUAUAGACUCUAAUAUGUGUGCUACUGCAGAGUUAGGGGAAUCAUUAAAGAGGAAAUUGAAAAGGAAAAAGUUGGAAAAUAAAACACGUAGAAUGCUUCUCAUACAACAGAGAGUAUCGCAGAAAAGUACACAAGUUGGUAGUUUAGUUUGUGGUAUAUGUAAUAAAGUAUUAGCAAACCAACACACAUAUGACCAUCAUAUGCAACGUCACAACGGAUGUAGGUAUAUUUGCGAGCACUGCGGCAAAGGAUUUCCAGUGAAGACUGAACUCCAAAUUCACCAAGUUUCUAAACACGGGACCGGUCCAUAUUUACAAUGUUCGCAUUGUCCUUUCAAAGCCCCUAGGAAAUUCGAUUUGGUAGAACACGAAAGAAUCCAUUCAGGCGAACGGCCAUAUACUUGCGAGAAGUGCGGAUUAACAUUCCGCAGGCGUGGUAUAUGGAAGAAACACCUAAUAUAUCACACGGAAAAGAAAAUACAAUGUCCACGGUGUCCCAAAAAGUUUUUUCAGCGUAGCGAAAUGUUGGCCCAUGCUAAUAACGUACACGAUAGAGUUUAUGUAUAUUUAUGUAGUAAGUGUGGUGCAACGUACGCUAAAACUUCUACAGUUAGACGGCAUAUGACCGAAAGGCAUGGCAUUCCGCGGGAAAUGCAAGGUAAAGUUGUGAGAAUUAACAAAGCUGCUGGUCUUCAGGAACAAUAA